CGCUCGCAGAGCACGCCUUAUACUUAUCACAACCACUUUAUCCACCAAAACUGAGGUUGCGAAGCUGAUUCUGGGGUUUCGCUCCCACACGUAUCCGCUACAACAUGGCCUCCCAAACCCGCGAAACCCGGUCCGACAGCAUCGGCACCAAGCCCGACGACGACCAUGUCGAAAACCCCUCCCAAGCCCCCGAGAAAACACCAGACGGCCGCCGCGAGCUUAGGGAAGCCGACGAGUACGCCAACCUGGGGUAUAGCUUCCCGACCUGGCGCAAGUGGCAGAUUCUAACCGUCAUGUUCCUCAUCCAAAUCAGCAUCAACCUCAACGCCAGCCUCUACGCCAACGCCGUCGAUGGCGUGUCGGAGAAAUUCGGCGUCUCCAAGCAAGCGGCCCGCGUCCCGCAGCUCACCUUCCUCUGCGCGUACGCCUUCGGCUGCGAGCUCUGGGCCCCCUGGAGCGAGGAGCUGGGACGUUGGCCCACACAGCAACUCAGUUUGUUGCUCGUGAAUAUUUGGCAAUUUCCAUGCGCAUUCGCACCAAAUUAUGGGACGUUAGUCGUCUGUCGUCUGCUAGGCGGGCUUUCCACCGCCGGCGGAUCAGUGACGCUGGGUGUGCUAGCCGACAUGUGGGAGCCCGACGACCAAGAGUAUGCCAUCGCCUUCCUGGUCCUCUCCUCGGUUGGCGGAUCCGUAGUCGGCGCCGUCGUGGGCGGCUUCGUUGAGGAGAUGCAGCCGCUGCCUUGGAUCUUUUUUACGCAGCUCAUCGCCGGCGCUGCUGUUCAGUUCAUGCACCUGGUCCUCGUGCCCGAGACGCGGUCUACCAUGAUUCUGGACCGGCUAGCCAAGAAGCGCAGAAAGGCAGGCGAGGACGUCUGGGGGCCCAACGAGGUCAAGAAUGAGAGGAUGCGCUUUAAGGAGGUCAUGACUGUCUGGGUUCGGCCGUUUUAUAUGCUCUUUACCGAGCCCAUCGUUGCUUGGCUGUCGGCUGUGAGCGGGUUUAGUGACAACCUCAUUUUUAUCUUUCUUCAGGGGUUCCAGCCUGUUUAUAAGCAGUGGGGUUUUGGGACGAUUGGCAUCAGUCUGGCAUUCUUACCUCUCCUCAUCGGCUACUUCCUCGCCUACCUCUCUUUCCUACCUUCCAUCCACAUGUUCCGCCAACGAAGACGAAAGAAUGGAUCCGAUUCCGUGACCCCUGAAGCUCGUCUCUGGUGGCUGCGAUACGUAAUCCUCCUCGAACCCAUCGGCCUUAUAGGCUUCGCCUGGACCUCCCUCGGCCCCUCCCGGGGCAUCCCCUGGAUCGUCCCCAUGAUCUUCUCCAGUCUUGUCGGCAUAGCCAACUACUCCAUCUACCAAUCUUCCAUCGACUAUACUGUCGCUGCGUAUGGUGUCUACGCCGCUUCGGCAACAGGAGGAAACGACUUCGCCCGCGACUUCCUCAGUGGCAUUGCCGCGAUUUACUCAGCCCCUAUGUACGAGAACAUCGGCAAGGACCACCCGCUCGAAUAUGCCAGCACAAUAUUGGCGAUCAUUGCGGUUUUCGUCACGGCGCCUGUGUUUCAUUUCUAUAAGAAGGGUCCUGAGAUUCGGAUGCGUAGUAAGUUUGCGAGUGAGAUUGCCAAGGCAAGGGAAGAGGGGAGAGGGGGGAGGCCGAAGAAUGAAGGGGAGAAACCUGCGUUGCCGGGUCAUGAGCAGGUCUGAUAAUAGGCCAAUUUUUGUCCUGUUGUUUACCGUCAUGUGGAGGGGUCCU